AUGAACACCCCAAUAGAGGCAGCAUCGUCUACUUCAGACCUUUGUGCAUACGCCUUUCCUGAUGUUUUUAUUGAGCACAGCAGUAGUACUGGUGGUAGUAGUAGUGGUGGUAGUGAUAGUGGUGGUAGUAGUAGUAGUAGUGAUGGUGGUGGUGGUGGUUUUAGUAGUGGUAGUAGUGGUAGUGGUCGUAGUGAUGGUCAUGGUAGUAGUAGUGGUGGUAGUGAUAAUGGUAGUAAUGGUGGUGGUAGCGGUAAUAGUAGUAGUGGUGGUAGUGGUAGUAGUAGUGGUGGUGAUAGUGGUGAUAGUAGUCGUAGUAAUAGUGGUAGUAGUAGUAGUAGUAAUGAUUUUAAUUUUUAA